AUGGACACCCAAAGGAUGGUCCAAAGUUGCUACACCAGACAACUUCAAUACCUUAAUACAAUGACAUCAUCGUCAUCAUCAUUAGUUACAAAUGACUGGCCACAACCAAUCUCUGAGGAAAGGAGACUAAGGAGGAAGUUGAUCCAUGAUCCAGAAUGUCCAACACAACAGACAUCUUCAAACUAUUCAACAGUAGGAAGAAUGGAUGGUGUUACCUCACCAACAGGUCCACAUGAACAGUUCAAGAAACUACUUGGAGAGGAACUAUAUUGCUACAUGAAAGCAAUUGAACACCUAUUCCUUAGUGAUGAAUUAUAUGUAUCACCUCUGAUUCACAAUGAUAUGACCUUCUUCAGAUUGUUAAGAGUGCUGCGCAGUGAUGAAUGGAAGGACUUGUACAACAAAGACAAGAGUGUCCUACGUUUGAACGUCUACAAAUACAUACUAGGUCAAAAU